AUGGGUUGCAUGCUCAGGAGUGAUCCUAUGACCCUAUGUGGCAUGUAUCUCCAGCCAGAAGUAGCGUUUGACGUUCUCUCUCAGCUUGGAGAGUUGGGCUGCGUGCAAUUCAUAGACAUGUAUCCAGAUCUUCAACUGUUUCAACGGAACUAUGUCUUAGAGGUGUGCCGUUAUUCGGAGAUGGAACGGAGGCUUCAAGUUAUAGCGAACGAAAUGAGGCUCAACAAUAUACCUAUGGCAGAAGAACAAAAUGUAGAGGCUACUGCCCAACCAUUAAAUGAAAUGGUGCAGUUUGAGAAUAUGCUAGAAAGAUGGGAACAAGACAUACAAGACAUGACGGCAAACGAAGUAUCAUUAUUGAAAAGUUAUUUUGAGUUGACCGAGUUUCAUUAUGUUUUGACAUACAUUGGACCAUUAUUAGGAGACUCUGAAAUAAGAAAGGAAACUUUAUUGAGUAGUCGGAAGAGAGACCAACAGCAACAACAGACAGCUGCUGCAGCUGGUGACGUGGUGGGAGGUCGUCUGAUCGUUAUAACUGGAGUUGUCCGAAGAACCAAAUGCUUUGCCUUCGAAAUGAUGCUGUGGAGGGUCUCGCACGGCAUCGUCUACUAUAAACAGGCUUCUGAUGACAAGAUCCUUAUCGAUCCACAAACUCGUCAAGAAAUCAGGAAGGUCGCGUUUCUAGCAAUAUGUCAAGGUGAAGCGCUAGCAGUGCGCGUAGAAAAGAUUUGUACUGGUUUUCAAGUUAAUACCUUCCCAUGUCCAAAUACUCAACAGGAGAGAAUGGAUUUGAUGGAAAAACUGCAAAUAAGGAUAAGUGAUUUGGAUGAGGUUUUAAAUAAAACAAAAUACCUUCGAUGCAAGACUUUGCGCACUGUGAGUAGGAGCUUUCGGCUUUGGUUGGCACAAGUAAAAAAAUCGAAGGCUAUCUAUCAUACGAUGAAUAUGAUGCGCAAGGAAAAAUGUUUGAUCGGCGAGUGCUGGAUACCGACCUGCGACGUGGAAAGAGUCAAUGAUAUUUUGACGAAAUGUUCUGAUGAUUCACAGUCGAACGUGCCCUCAUUUACUUCCAAGAUUGAAACCAAACAAAUGCCUCCUACCUUUCAUCGUACCAAUAAGUUUACCAGAGGAUUUCAGAAUCUUAUCAAUGCUUAUGGUGAUUCUACAUAUAGAGAACUAAAUCCAGGUCUCUAUACUCUAGUCACGUUCCCAUUUCUCUUCGCAAUAAUGUUCGGGGAUCUAGGACAUGGUGUUAUUCUGGCGGGUUUCGGCGUAUGGAUGUGGAGAAACGAAAAGACUUUUGACAAGUCGAAUUCCACUAAUGAAAUCUGGAACAUAUUUUAUGGCGGUCGUUACGUGGUACUCUUGAUGGGAUUGUUCAGCAUUUUUACUGGAUUUUGUUACAACGACAUCUUUUCAAAGGCUUUCUUGCUUAGUAAUUCUUACUGGGUGAAUCUGAAGAAUGUGGAUGAAUUGUCUAGAGAUGAGUAUAUAGAUUUAGACCCAUCUCUAGAGACUCGAGAACCAUAUAUAUAUGGAAAAGAUCCGAUAUGGGCAUUGGCGAAAAAUAAAAUCAUGUUCGAAAAUUCGUUCAAAAUGAAAUCUUCGAUCAUUAUUGGAAUCAUACACAUGAUGUUCGGUAUUGUUCUCAGCUUUUUUAAUUAUCGAUAUUUCAAACGUACAUAUUCGAUAUUUCUCCAGUUUUUUCCGGAGUUAAUGUUCCUAACGCUACUCUUCUUCUGGCUAGUAGUUAUGAUUUACAUGAAAUGGUUCUUGUAUGGUCCCAAAGAACCGGAUCAAGAAAGGAAUACAGCCUGCGCUCCUCAGAUUCUGUUAUUGUUUAUUGACAUGGUGCUCAUGUCUGAAACUAAACCAGCUAAUGAAGGAUGCAAGGAGGGCUAUAUAUUUCCUAGUCAGAGAACAUUUCAAAUGAGUUUGGUGGCUGCUGCUCUAUUAUGCGUGCCGAUUUUACUUUUAGGAACUCCAGUAUAUAAGAUAAUCACCAAUAAAAAGAAGAGAGUUGUUGCUGUGGCUGCACUAUUGGCUUACAAAAGGGACUUAAAUCCAGAUCCCAAAAUUCUGGCAGCGAUGGAAGCGGAGGUAGAGAAAUGCUCUGAGUCAGUUGGUGAGCUGAUGAUUCACCAAGGAGUGCACACCAUCGAGUUCGUGCUCAGCACUAUAUCUCACACAGCUUCUUAUCUUCGACUCUGGGCGCUAUCCCUAGCCCAUGCGCAACUUUCCGAAAUGCUGUGGAAUAUGGUCUUAGCAAAAAUGGCACUGCAUGAACGCACUCCUAUGGGUGCAAUAAAAAUUGUCAUUGUAUUUUCAUUAUGGGCUGCUUUCACUCUAUCAAUUCUCGUAGUAAUGGAAGGAUUAUCCGCUUUUCUGCAUUGCCUCCGAUUGCACUGGGUGGAGUUCAUGAGUAAAUUUUAUGCUGGUGGUGGGUGGCCAUUCCGGCCCUAUUCAUUCGAGGUUAUUCUGUUGUCUGAGGCAGACAAGACAGAGGCUGGUUGCAAGAAGGCUACAGGACUGUUCCAGCAGCAGUAA